CUGAACUCUCGUUUUCAUUUCAGGAGACAUCUUCACUCUCAUCGCCGGAGAACUCUCGCCGUCACCGGAGGGUUAAUCGUUAUGUCAACGGACUCGGAAGCUGAUGUCAACGUCAAUGCGUCGACUUUCGAGAGCGGAGAGUCUGAUUCCGAAAGUGAGAGCACAGGUUUAGAUUCGCAAAGAUCGAAACUUGAGAGUCUGAAGAAGCUAUCUACUGAUUCAGAUUUGGUUUGGGGCAAAGUGAGCAGCUUUCCAUGGUGGCCUGGACAGGUCUUUCUCGACUCAUCCGUUGCGUCCAAAAAGGCCAAGAAGCACUUCAAGAAAGGAGCUUUCUUGGUCGCUUACUUCGGAGACUGCAGUUUCGCUUGGAACGAUGCAUCAAAGAUUAAGCCUUUCCGUCAGCACUUCUCGCAGAUGGUGGAGCAGAGCGACUCCCCUGAGUUUCGUAACGCUGUUGGUUGUGCUUUGGAAGAGGUUUCGAGGAGAGUGGAGUUCGGUUUGUCUUGCGGUUGUGUCUCCCAGGAAGCUUAUGAGAGAGUCAAGACUCAGAGCGUGAUGAACGCUGGGAUUAGAGAGGAGUCAAGGGUGAGAUACGGUGGAGAUGAGGCGUCGAGCGCUGGCCUUUUCGAACCUGCGAAGCUUGUGGAGUAUAUGAAGCGUUUAGCUUAUUGUCCGAGGUAUGAUGAGAGUGAUGAGAAGCUGGUGUUUGCGAGUAACCGAGCUCAGUUAUUCGCGUUUCAGCAGUGGAGAAGCUGUAUUAACUUUCCUUUUCUUAAGGAUGUGACUGAUGCUAAGAGAGAAGAGAAGACUUUGUCAGAUUGUAGUGUAGACAAACGUGUUGGGAAGAAGCGUAAGGUUGAGUCUUUGGAAUCAUGUAAGCCUGAGAUAAAGAUUAAGAAGUGUUUUUUAAUGGGAGCUAUCCCUUUGAGAAUGGAAAGCGAGAUGAUGACUCAUACACUAAGCCUAAAGAGAACACCUCAACCACUCAACUUGGAGCACUCAAAUUAUGAAGAUUUUGAAAAGUUUUUAGAGGAAACGUGUUGCAGUAACCUCAACCAAGACUCGGAGAAGGGCUCGAGUACUCCUAGUGAUGUGAAAGAAUCUUCAGACCAGCCUGAGUCAGGCUCCAAAGAGGCGCAAACCGGUGUCAAAGACUGUUCAGGAGAUUCAUCAGCAGCACCCAAUGCAUUGAUCCUCAAGUUUGCUAGCUCAGGUUCCGUUCCAUCCGAAGAGAAGCUGAACAGCAUAUUCAACCGUUACGGUCCCCUCAGAGAAGCGGAGACUCGGGUCAUGAAGAAAGGCAAGAAAGCUAGAGUGGUGUUCAUAAGAGGCGAAGACGCAGAGACUGCCUUCAGCAGCUCCGGGAAAUACAGCAUCUUCGGACCUUCUCUUCUGGGUUACAGCCUCAAGUACGUUGGCCACAAAGGCAAAGAGAGCAAUGACAUAAUAACCCAGUGAAACUCAUUGUAGGCAACUGUUUAGUGGUUUAUUAAGUUUAGGACAAAGCUAACUUUUUGUAAUGAAACGAGAGACUUGAUAAACUAAACGGUCAAUCUUAAGGAUUCAAAGCAAAUUAAGCAGA